AUGUUGAAAUAUCCUAGGGACAUCCGAACACGAUUACACCGCGUGGCAGCUACCCGUUCUACCCUGGGUUUACACGCCAACGGACCGCAAGAAAACGAAAAGAUAAUGGCACAACCAGCAUCACCAACUGGCCAAGGGCUUGAUGUCGACGUCGAGAAGCAACUUGAGCCGCAACAGCAGGCAGCUCCCCAGCAAGGACAGCCAGCAGGACCAGGCGGAGGACCUCCAGGCAGCUUGUACCGGCCAAGAACAUUCGAUUUCUGGUUGAUUAUGUUUUGCAACUUCCUUUCCCUUUUCCUCGUCGCGCUCGAUCGAACCAUAAUUACAACGGCCAUCCCUCAAAUCACCGAUGAAUUCAAUAGCCUGGGCGACAUUGGCUGGUACGGAUCAGCAUACAUGCUUGCCAGCGCAACAUCUCAGCCCCUUUUUGGACGCAUCUACAAAUACUACAGUAUGAAAUGGAUCUUUUUGACUAAUGUGGUCAUUUUCGAAGUUGGUUCAGCCAUAUGCGGUGCUGCUCCCAAUUCGAACGCCUUCAUAGCUGGACGCGCCAUUGCCGGGUUUUCCGCAUCUGCUAUCUUCUCUGGGUGCAUGCUCAUAGUUAUUCCCUUCGUCCCACUCCAUAAGCGGCCUAUAUUCCAGGCAAUAAAUGGGGCUGUAUUUGGAAUUGCGUCCGUGAUGGGUCCAUUGAUUGGCGGGGGGUUUACAAGCGGUGCCACUUGGAGAUGGUGCUUUUAUAUCAACUUACCUAUUGGAGCAGUCAGCCUAGUCUUGAUGGCUUUUGUUUGGCACCCGCCAAAGCAGAAAUAUGAGCCUGCCCCUAUCAUGGCACAGAUCAAACGUCUCGAUCCCCUGGGCAUGGCCCUCUUUGCGCCAUCCAUAAUAUGCCUACUACUCGCUUUUCAGUGGGGUGGCUCGACAUAUGCUUGGAACAAUGGUCGCAUUAUCGCCCUUUUUGUGCUUUUUGGUGUUCUGCUUCUAAUCUUUGCCGCCGCACAGAUCUGGAAGCCUGACACAGCCAUCAUCCCAGCCCGCAUCGUCACUCGCAGAAGUAUUAUUUGCACAUGCCUGUACACGUUUACCUUGUCAAGCGCAAUGACCAUGCUAUUAUACUAUCUCCCUAUAUGGUUUCAAACCGUCAAAUUGGUCAGUGCAAUCCACUCAGGCAUUUACACAUUACCUAUAGUUCUCAGUCUGGUUGCUGCAAGCUUUAUCUCUGGCUUCGUCACCCAAAAAAUCGGAUACUACGUUCCGGGAAUGUACAUCUGCCCAAGUCUACUUGCUGUGGGAACGGGAUUGUUGACAACUUUUGAAAUCUCUACCGGCUCAUCGCAUUGGAUCGGUUACCAGUUUCUAUGUGGCUUUGGCUUGGGUAUGGGAAUGCAGAAUGCAGGGCUCGUCAUACAAAGAGUCUUACCAAUGUCAGAUAUAUCCAUCGGUAUCUCUCUCAUAUUCCUCACCCAACAACUCGGGGGAGCCAUUUUCGCUACUGUUGGCGAAACGAUACUAUACGAUAUUCUUGUCUCCCAUCUGAGCGGCAUCCCAGGCCUUGACCCAGCUCUGAUUAUCGACAAAGGCGCUACGGAUUUCACGUCUGUCGUGCCGCCCCAAUACAUAAUUGUGGUCAAGCAGGCAUACAACUAUGCAUGUACAAAAAUUUUCUACGCAGCCAUGGGUCUAGCUCUGGCAGGAUUCUUCAGUUCUUUGGGCUUGGAGUGGAAGAGUAUUAAAAAGGGGGAAAAUGGCCAAGAUGAACCGGGUGCUCAUGGAACUCAUGACAGGCCCAAGAACUUUACCAAGUGA